AUGUGUGGUCCCGAUACUUGCACCAAACCACGCGGCGGCGCGCUGGCCGUCCUCAAUCAACCUCCCUGCCAAACGGAUUCACCAACAUCAACGUCGCUUCAUACACUACAGGGGGAUCUCGCAUUUCACACGCCCGGGAAACCCAGUAGUCCAUUUGCCACGCACGCGAGAAUCACCGGCGGGGCACAGGGCUUGCCGUCAUUAGCAGACAUGGUUGUUGUCAUUCACAAGUCCGGAGACCUCACCCGCAGACCAGAAGACUGUGGCCUCUUCCAUCGUUUCGCCUUCUCCGACGCAUCGGUCCUCGAAGACGGCUCGACGCUAGAGUUGGCACUGCAGAAGCCGAUAUCUCUGCAAGUUGGAGAUGAUGGGAUUAUCGGCCGCAGGGUCUCUGUCUUCUCCGGGACGGAGAUGAACAGUGCCUUGGCGGAGGGAAUCGUCGGGUUCAACUUCAUGAGCUCCAUCUAG